UGAACAAGAAGCUUUCACUGAGCCGUUAUGUGAACUUAUUAAAUUGUUUGGGUUACCAUUUCAAAAAAAGAAGUCAUCUGAUGAAGGAAACUAUUCCGUUGAAGUUUCACAAUCCAUUGCACAACUGGGUUACUUGAUGAGAGUACCAAGCUCUCAAGUUAAAAUACAAAUCUGUAAGAGUAUUGUUAAUUUUUAUAAUAUGGAGCUACCAGGAAAACUACUUUCAGGUUACCAGCCAACAAGUGCAAACUAUAAAAUCCUGAUGGCUGAAGCAGGAGGAUUAGCAGAAGCUCUUGUUUUGGCACUAGCAUUAGUUGAAAAUCAACUUACUGAGAAGUUGUGGGUCCUUAAAGCUCUCCAGCAUCUUUCCACCUCUGAAAAAAAUUGUGGACGAAUGGUGAAGGCCCAAGCAGCCAGCAGGCUUUGUUUGGAUCUCAAUUGUGCUGAUCCCUCAGGACAGCUGGUGUUCCGUUCCUCAGAUAUCCUAUGGAACCUGCUAGAAAAUGCCUCAAAAGAAGAGAUUGUUAAUCAGCUCAGGAGCUUGGAAUGUGUACAAGCUUUGAAAGAAGUAUUUUUAGGUCUUCUCACGCGUGGCUUCCGGCACUGUGAUCAUCAGCUACGGAAUGACCUCCUGGUGAUUGCCACAUUACUAGCUGAAAACCCUGCAGUACCUAUGAUUGAAAGUGGAUUUGCAAAGCUCUUGAUAGUGCUGGCAACAUUUCCUGAAGUUAAACUUCCCAAUCCCUUGGUAAAAGGUUUGAAACUUACCUACUCAUAUGAGGAUUUUGAGAUGAAGAAGUUACUGUUUAAUGCAAUAGGAAUCUUAUCUAAAGACCCAUCUGCUGCACAGCUCCUCCGUGAAAAUCAUGUGAUGCCAGCUUUGCUUUAUUAUGUAAAACAAAAUCAAAACCCUGGAUUUCCUGACUGGUCUGCUGCCCAAUAUGAACAAUUACAGCUUCAUGCAAUUGCUGUUUUAGCUUCAGUGGCUCCUGCAUUAGUUGAUAAAUAUUUGUCCUGCCAAGCGAGUACUCUUCUCCUUGUGUUUCUAGAAUGGUGUAUGGGCCAAGAUCCUUCCUUUGGUCAAGGUAACAGUUUCCAUGGAACAGGUGGUCGUGGCAACAAACAUGCACAAAUGCGCUAUAGCCUCCGAGUUCUGAGAUCUGUUGUGGCACUUUAUGAUGAUGCUGUGAGCAUUAAUUUGUGUGACCAGGGAGCAAUUAGCCAGCUACUGGAUAUCUUAAAGUAUGCAGCAGACAAAUGUAAAGAAAAAGAAAGUGCCAUUCUACUGGAAAUCCAAGCUGACAUAUUAUUUAUUUUGUCUGUUCUCUGUGAAAAUGAUGUCCACAGAAAGUUAAAGGAAAAGAACCUCUGCAAUAUAAUUCUUGGAAUCUUGGUUGAAUUUUCUGACAACCCUGAAACCACUUCCCACAUGAAUAUCUGGAGAGGGAAGAGAGAUCAAACAGCAGCUAACCUUCUAAUACAGUUAUGGAGACAGGAGGAGCUGGAUUUGGGAGUCAGACGUGAUAAAGAUGGAAAGAUUGUUGACAUUAGGAGACCUAUUGCUACCAGCUUCCAGAAACAGCAAAAGGUCAUUCCAGUGCCUGCCAGCUGUCCCAGUUUUGCCAUUAUGGAAAUUUCAGAGAGCAUACGGGCAAAAAUUUAUUCAUUAUUUUGCAAGCUAGGUUUUGAAAAUUUACCUGGCUUAUCUGCCAAGGAUUUUGUUACACUUGCUAUUAUACAACGUUAUAUUGACUUUAAAAUUGGAGAGGUUUGGAGUGAAAUAUGUGCAGAAAUAAAAGAAGAAUUCAAGCCUGUUACAUCAGAUGAGAGAAACCUGGAACUUAUUUUGAAGGUGUCAGAAAAUACUGGAAAAGCAGUUAUUGCUCUGCAAAAUGAAGUGCUUGAAAGACAUCUCCACCACGAAAUCCAGGAAGAGGAAAAAAUGUACAAAGAAAUCCAAGCUAGCCAUACACAGAGAGAACUGAUAAAUAAAUCUUGGGAAAAUUUCUUGACUUGGACAUCAAACUAUCAGGCAUUGAAGAAAGCAAGAAAGCUUCAGGAAGUGUUAUUAGAGGCUUCCAGCCCUAAAGAACAGAUUGAAAAUGAACUAGAACAUUCUACUGAUAGUCCAAAACUCCAUACAACAUACAGCAACUUCAUAGACAGUUUGCGGGUCUAUGUGAGAGGAGGAACCGGUGGAAUGGGUUAUCCUAAUCUGGGAGGGGAAGGAGGAAGAGGUGGUGAUGUCUGGUUCGUCGCCCGAGAAAGGACGACCUUAAAGAGCAUUAGGGAGAAAUAUCCCCACAAGCGAUUCGUAGCUGGAACAGGAGCCAACAGCAGUGUUAAAGCUCUGAAAGGUGAAAAAGGAAAAGAUUGUGAAGUUCAUGUGCCUUUGGGAAUUUCAGUUCUUGAUGAUGAUGGCAAGCAGAUUGGAGAGCUUAAUGCAGCAGGAGAGAGAUUCUUAGCAGCUCGUGGGGGUCUUGGAGGCUCUUUGGCUACAAACUUUCUGCCUUGCAAAGGUCAGAGGAGAACUGUUCACCUUGAUUUGAAACUUCUAGCAGAUGUUGGUUUAGUUGGGUUUCCAAAUGCAGGAAAGUCAUCCUUGUUAAGCAAGAUUUCUCAUGCCAAACCUGAGACUGCCAAUUAUGCAUUCACAACAAUACAGCCUGAACUAGGAAAGAUCAUGUAUACAGAUUAUAAACAGAUUUCAGUAGCUGAUCUCCCAGGACUGAUUGAAGGUGCACAUGCAAACAGAGGAAUGGGCCACAAAUUUCUCAAACAUGUAGAAAGAACCAAGCAGCUUCUCUUAGUUGUUGAUAUUUCUGGGUUUCAGCUGUCUGUCAAGACUCAGUUCAGAACAGCUUUUGAAACAGUAUUGCUUCUAACAAAGGAACUGGAGCUGUACAAAGAGGAACUUGUAACAAAGCCUGCCAUUCUUGCCAUUAAUAAAAUGGAUUUGCCUUGUGCAAAGAACAACCUGGAUCAGCUUAUGACACAACUGGAGAAUCCUCAGGACUUCUUACACUUACUAGAGGAAGAAAUGAUUCCGACAAAUACUCUUGAAUUCCGAGAGGUGAUUCCUGUAUCUACAUAUACUGGAGAAGGAAUUGAGGAACUCAAAACAUGUCUAAGAAAAUCCAUAGAUGAGCAAGCAGAGCAGCUGAAUGAAGAAUAUCGGAAAAAGAAACUCCUGCUUUUACAAACUUCCAGAGAAGAACAAAUUAGUAGAAGCUGGCAUUCCUGAAUGGAUCCAGCACAUUUUAAUAUUUUAACUAUGCACAUGAAGCCUUUGUUGUGCAGACCUUCCAUUUAAUUGUUCCCUCUUCCAUCAUUGCCUGCUUCCCUCCAUUUGUUUAGGCACUUGGGUAGGGUACAGUGGGAAAAGGGACAAGUUUUUUUAUUUAUGUUGGCUACGAAGCUCAACAAUGUAAAGACCAAAGAUGAUCCCUGGAAUAUUUUUUGCCAGGUGAGAGGAAUUGGGGGACUAUAACUUCCACAAAGGAGCAAGUUCAACAACUCUCCAUGUCCUGUGGGCAUCAGGAGAACCGAGGGAAGUUUCUGAUGGAGGAAUUUUCCAGGGUCUGGGGCUUCAAAGGUGAACCAGUUCUGCAACUGUAACACACAUUGGAUUGUAGGGGUUUUGCUGGUUUUACGGAUUUAAAGGAAAACACAUAUAAAUGGCUGCAAGGAAGUGACUUGUAGGAGCACAAAAAGCAAGACUGAUUCGUAGUGUUGGGGGAUUUUUUGACACUUGCUGGUGCCUAUUGUAGUCAUCUUAGUUGUAGAAAUCCUGAUUCUGAAUUCCCAUGCUUAAUUUGUGAUUCCCUCCUUUUAUGGAGUUUGGUUUAUGUUACUUUUUGGUGAAAAAAAUGGCUUCUUCUCAACAAAGCUAUACAUUUUUCAAAAUAUUUAGUGUUCUAGAUAUUGUAUUACAAGAAGGCACACUUACAUUUUUACUUUGGAAAAAAAAAUAGAAGUCAUUUAUUGUCAGGGUGUUUUCUACUUUAAAGCUAUUAAAUUGAUUGUAAAGCAGAAUAAGAUUGAAUACAUCAAAGGCUUCUAGUUUGGUCUAGUUUUGUUUUGUAAUGUAUGUAUCAUACCCUGCUUCUUUAAAUUUUGUUAAAGCAGUCA